UGUAUGUUACAACCUCGAGCGGUACACUCCGGGAAGCGCAUCUUUGGAAACUUUGGUCCGUAGCAACGGCUAGGAUUCUCUGCGGCCCCGCACCCCGGUGGCCGCACCGCCUGCCCCGGCCCAGACGCGGCCCCCGCGUCCGCCUACCCGGCUGCGCCCCCGGGGCGCGCGUCCGUGCCCAGCCCCCGCCCGCGCCGCCGCGCCGCUCCGGAGCUGACUGCGGUCACGCUGCGCCCGGCGCGGCGGGGUGGACAAUAAGGGACUCGCGAGGCGGGCGCUGAGGGCUUCGGCGCGGGCCACCCGGGUCCAGCGCGCUCCGCCGGGAAACUUCUGCGGACGCCCGGCGGGAGCUCAGCGCAGGGCCGGGAAGGACAGGAAAUAGCAGAAUAUUUGUGGACUGGAUCCAAAUAAGGAGCCCAGAUGAACUUAAAGAAGCAAGCAUGGGAUUCUUAGUUUUUCAAGAUCCAUACACACAAAACCUUUAAUCAGCACCAACUCAGUAUCCAAGUUUUCUCUGAUUUUGUGAAGACUGAGCAAAACUCUCAUGAUGGAAAAGCAAAGGACUUAGUUACCUGUUUCAGUGUCAUCUAAAGUCAACUGAAAAGUGAACCAGGCAGAGUAAUACAGCCAUGGAAAGAAAUUCAAGUUUAUGGAAGAACCUAAUAGAUGAACACCCAGUCUGCACAACCUGGAAGCAAGAGGCCGAAGGAGCCAUUUAUCAUCUUGCCAGUAUUUUAUUUGUAGUAGGUUUCAUGGGUGGCAGUGGAUUCUUCGGGCUCCUUUAUGUCUUCAGUUUGCUAGGGUUGGGUUUUCUCUGUUCUGCUGUCUGGGCUUGGGUAGAUGUCUGUGCAGCUGACAUAUUUUCCUGGAAUUUUGUACUCUUUGUCAUCUGCUUCAUGCAAUUUGUUCAUAUUGCAUAUCAAGUUCGCAGCAUAACCUUUGCCCGAGAAUUCCAAGUGUUGUACAGCUCCCUUUUUCAGCCCCUGGGGAUCUCUUUGCCUGUCUUCAGAACGAUUGCUUUGAGCUCUGAAGUGGUUACUUUGGAAAAGGAACACUGUUAUGCCAUGCAGGGGAAAACUUCCAUUGAUAAACUCUCCUUGCUUGUUUCAGGAAGGAUCAGAGUGACAGUUGAUGGCGAAUUUCUGCAUUACAUUUUCCCCUUUCAGUUCCUGGAUUCUCCUGAGUGGGAUUCACUGAGACCCACAGAGGAAGGCAUUUUUCAGGUAACCCUCACUGCAGAAACUGAUUGUCGAUAUGUGUCUUGGAGGAGAAAGAAAUUGUAUCUGCUCUUUGCUCAGCAUCGUUAUAUCUCCCGCCUGUUCUCAGUGUUAAUUGGCAGUGACAUUGCAGAUAAACUCUAUGCCUUGAAUGACAGAGUUUAUAUAGGAAAAAGAUAUCACUAUGAUAUUCGUCUACCCAACUUCUAUCAAAUGUCAAGUCCAGAAAUACGCAGAUCACCCCUGACACAACAUUUUCGGAAUUCCAGACCAUACUGUGAAAUUUAAGUAUAAAAAAAGACUCUCUCUUCACCAUUCCCCAAAUGAAAUAGCAAAAUACAAAAAAAUUAGCUCCCUAAUAUUUUUAUAAAUCAAAUUCAAAGUGAGAUGCCAUUACCAACUGUUUUAUUCCUUUCAACAACUGCAUUGUGAAUAAAUUUUACAAAUUUUUCUUGUA